UACACUUUUCUAACAACAAAUUUGUUAAAUUUUUGUAUUAAAAAUGUAUUUUAAGUACACAGCAACGUAUUUUGGGCGUCAGACGGGCGGCAUCAGAAUCUCACUCAUUGGACCUGUCAGACAGUCACGCGACGGUGUUGAUGAUUGGAUGUCGGAGUUCCAGAAAGUGCCGAGCAGGACGGGCAGCACGUCGUCCCUGCUGUCGCCGGACUCGCCCAACAGCAAGCUGCAGGUCCCCAGCCCGCUCAUCACGCGUCGCACACGCACCGACUCCACAUCCGCUAGAGCGUUUGAAAACCCUGUGGAAACUGGAGUUGUGAAGGUGUUCUCUCGCUCCAAAGGCCAUGGCUUCAUCACCCCCGACAAAGGCGGCGAGGACAUUUUCGUCCACAUUUCCGACAUCGAGGGCGAGUACAUCCCCCUGCCGGGCGACGAGGUGCAGUACCGGCUGUGCCCCGUGCCGCCCAAGUUCGAGAAGUGCCAGGCUGUGCACGUCCACAUCACGAACCUGACCCCGGAGGUGCACCUGCGGUGGGACUGCCCGGCCGACGCCGCCGUGCCGCCUGCGGACCACCACUCGUCCCAGUGAGCUUUCCACCGUCGCUCUCUCCGCGUCCGCGACAGCUAGGUCGUGUCCGGGACGUUCCGGCAUCGAUGAUUGUGUAGUUUUCUGUAACGUUCAGUUGAAAUAGUCGAACUUGCAUUUAUAAAAUUAAAACAUGAUCUUCUCUGCAUUUCUAACUUUACUUUUUUUUUUUAGAGGUGUGGGAAUUUUGUGCCGUUCCUUUGGAUAUGUUUGCUAUGAGUAUUUUCAAAGCUUUGGUUAAUAUAUAGUAUUUAAACUACACCUGCUUUAUUCUGAACUGUAGCUUAAAAGGAGUGGGAAAUUAUAUUUUAUGUUUAGCUACAUUUGUAGUUUUAUGUAUUUUGAUAGUUUUGUCAUGUUUCGUAUCAUGUGAAAAUAUACACUGUGCAGUGCUAUUUGAAAUAUAUUGCUGCAGAAAGAAUUUUGAACAAUUUUUGAGUUCUUUUGUUAUAAAAACAAAAAGUUCUCAUCCUUCAAUAAGCUUGUUGUACUAAGGUGUUAAUUGUCAGAUCAUCUUGGUUCUGUUGCAGUAAAGAAUUCUUAGCUUUUUAAACUAAUAAAAAAAUUUAUUUAAGUUGGCAUAGUUUCCUGAAGCCUGCUAAAUUAAAAUUUGCAAGCUACUAGUCAUGUCUUUGCAGAAUUUCGUUUCCUGACGUACGUUUAACAAAAGUUACUUGUUUUGAUGUUUUCUGCCACCCAUUAAAUUUAUUCCCCACAAUCGAGAACAUCCGAUAUGUUAAAUGGCUGCAGCAGCAGUACCUCAGAAUCUUUUGAAUCUGCAAAAUGGCCUCAAGAAAUGCAUGCAGAUUUCUCAAGUGAUUUAAGUUGCAACUAGGAAGUGGCUGGAAGUACUGUUGUCUGCCCGUCCUCGUAGCCCAAUUCUCCCAACACUUGGUUGUUUGGCAUCUUCCUCUGGGAUCGUUGAUGUGGGUCUGGGCAGUAGGUUUUUGUAAGGGAGACCUUGUACAACGCCUGUGCGAAUACUUGUUUCUUUGAUGCUAAGCGAACAUCAAAAAGAAUGUUUAAAAUAUUCACUAAAUCAAAUCGAAUAGCGAAUAUUGUUUUAGGCAAAGCUGUAUUACUUUUACUUUAUAAAAUACAGGAUUGAAGUAAAAAAAAAAAAUAAUUGUUUAAUGUUUGUAAUGUUUGAACUAAUUGAGCUCGAUAUAUAACAUCAGUUAAUAAAAAUUAUAAAAUAAUCAAGUGUAAUAUUAAUAUUGAACAUUCGUCAAAGCAAGUGGAGUGCCUCCUUUUUAUUUUUGAAGUGAAACUUCUUUACUGAGGGGGCAAUAAUUUUCUAGCAUUACAAAAAUUCCGGUCACUUGUUGUGGGAACUGCUAGAGGAUGAGUGCAUCAAUGGUGACGCCACUCCAAUGCAUGCACUAGUGGUCAAAUGGGAAGACAGAAAAAAAAAGGGGGGGGGAUGGGUACGUAGCUUAGUGUGCUAUAUGCUAGUUGUAAUGGCUGGAAGAGGAGACAAGAAUGGAGAGGUAGAAAUGACGCAGCAGCGAUGCUACAGAAUCUUCGUAACGCUGCUUGUGUUUGUCUACUCCUCAUUUUACAUAACUGCUAACGAUUGAAGUACAGUAUUUCUUUUAUUUAUUGAAAGUAUCGACAACUUAUUUAUGCCUGUGGAAAAAAGUUAUUGUUUGGUACAAUUAAUUUUAUAAGUAUCAUUUGUUUUUUAUGUGAAAGUGAGGUUUAAAAUGUAAUAAAAAGUAUAGACUUAAGAGGUUAGCUUUAUAAGUGUAAUAAGUUUGGCAUGUGAACACUGAUUUUAAAUAUCAAAAGGACUUAUGUACAUGUGAGAUAGACUUUAUAAAUGUAAUUUAUGCUCAUUUGGAGUGUUUUGUUUUGUCCUGUCAUUUUAUUCAGCAGGAGAUCGUUAUUUAAAACCAUGCGUAAAAAUAACAAAAUAGGCAGAAGCAGAUAAGAGGUAUUAUUAAAGGCAGUAUGGGAAUAAACCGCCAAAAGAGGAACCACAAAGCGCCAUUGAACAAUGCGAGCGUACAGGAUGUGGAAUAAGGCAUUUUUUUCAAUUCAUAUCAUACCCGCAUUCUGACUAAUCUCAAUUAUUAUCCUUUGAUCAAUUAAAAAAUACCAAUAAUUGAUCUCUAUCUAUACCUAAUAAGCAAAAAUUUUCACUGCUGUCACAAUUGGACUCCCAUGCACACAUUUAAUUUUUUUAAGUAACCAACUUUAUUCAAGCAAAACAUACAGCUAUAAAAAAAAUUUCAUGAGCGAAUCUUAGGCUUCCAAUGUCUUAAAGCUUUGCAGCAAAUGCGAAGCUUCACAUCAGCGGUGAAGCUUUGCAUCUUUCAAAACCGAAGCUUCAAAUAAAACGACAGAAAAUUUCCUGGCACAGUCAAAUUGAAUAUUAAAAAGAGCUUCGAUUGAUUCGCUGAGUCAAAGCUUCGCACAGGCCUACCUUUAUUCCCAUUUGUCACUUUGUACUUCCCACUGCCCAGUGAGCGAGACUCCACAUCUGUUAGGCUGUGUGACACAUGCACCCGGGGUAAAGCAAAAGCGUAACGAACACACUGCAGAUAUCUUGAAAGCCCAGUUAAUUAUUUAUGUCUAGUGUGAAAAAAAAAUACUUUAUGGUGUUACAUAGUCAAAAAUAGUACUAGUAGAGUUAAUAAAAUUG